AUGAAAAUAUUAAAGGCUACUUUGUCUAGGUGGAGUAAAGAAACAUUUGGAGAUUUGUUCAAACAGCUGACAAUCAGAGAGGAUAUUAUGAAGAUCAAGGAGCAACUGUUUGUGGAAGACCCAUCAGAAGAUAAUAGAAUGGUGUUGCAGAGGGCACAGGCUGAAUUCAAAAGUCUUAUAAAAGAAAGAAGAAAGAGGUUGUUGCUUAUACAAAAUGCAAAUGGUGAAUGGGUGGACAAUUUGGAUUAUAUUGCUACUGAAGCUAUUUCAUUUUAUCAUAAUCAAUUUUCUCAGGAAAGUGGUGUAGUUGACUCAAUUUUACUGGAUCACAUUCCUGAGAGAAUUUCAGAGGAUCAAAAUAAAUUCUUGUGUGCUAAACCAAGUCUUGAAGAGGUUAAAAAUGUUGUUUUUUGCAUUAUCAGGUGCUGGAAUAUUAUUGGUGCUGAUGUGUAUCACGUGAUCAGUAGCUUCUAUGAGUCUAGAUUUGUGAAGGGUAGAAAUAUCACUGAAAAUGUGCUGCUUACUCAAGAAUUGGUAGCUGAUAUCAGAAAGAGAAGGAAACCUGCAAAUGUUAUCAUUAAGCUAGAUAUGGCAAAGGCUUAUGAUAGACUUUCUCGGAGAUUCCUUGUUCAUGUUGUUAGAAAUAUGGCAUUUACAGAAGUGUACGUAGACAUGGUAUGGAGAUUGAUUGCUAAUAACUGGUAUUCCAUUCUCAUUAAUGGACAAUCUUUUGGUUUUGUCCACUCUACAAGAGGGGUCAAACAGGGAGAUCCUCUAUCUCCUGCUAUUUUUAUUUUAGCUGCUGAGCUUCAGAGGAUAUGGAAUGCCAAAGUGGAGUACAAACUUGAAUCAUCUGUCACAUGCAGAUGA